CAGCACUGGCUUGCCAUUGAGGUAGGGAGGAAUACACGCAGCUACAAUGUUGCUAUCUUUUCUCAUUUAUUGCAGUUGCUUUCUGGCCUUCUUGCCUCGUAUCGGUGGAGGCAGUAACAGCAAUCAUCAACAAGUACACGAGUCUCUUGAUAUACUGAAAUCGCAUUGUCCUCACUUGUUGUCGCACGUUGCUGAACUGUCCCAUUCUAAUUUGGAUUCCCUUUUACGAUACGUGUCUGCCGAUGAUGAGCCAACCACCAAUCAGCCACACCCCAUCUCUCCUGUCCCCAAUGCUGUUGAUUUUCCAGCAACUGAGAAAUCAGAUGCAACGCCCUCCCCGGCUGGAUCGUCCCGUCCGAAAAAAUACAUUGACGUACUACAACAGGUGCUGAACAAGAGACCCCGCGUAGAAGGUCGGCCAUUAAUUAACAAAGCAAAAGAUGGAUCUCGCCAUGUACGAUCGCUACCGAUAGGACCACCAGGCCCAUUUGACGAAAUGCUCCGAGAAAACGAUGAACACAACGAAAUCUCUCAGUCGGAACCAAAGAUUUUCGGACUAAAAUGGUAUCUACUUGGGCUAAAACUCAACUUGCUAUCUGCUCUUUGUAAAUGUCCCCCUGGUCCUCCCGGAGAAACUGGUGCUACUGGACCUACAGGACCAACUGGUGCCACAGGUGCCACUGGAGCAACUGGUCCUACUGGUCCUACUGGACCCACAGGACCCACAGGGCCCACAGGGCCAGUCGGUCCUAAUGGCCCGCCAGGCCCAACAGGUGCUACUGGCCCGACUGGUGACACUGGUGCUGUAGGACCACCUGGUCCCCCCGGCCCAACAGGCGCACCUGGACCCACUGGGGAUCCAGGCCCUGAAGGUCCAAGAGGUCCUCCUGGUCCUUCUGGCGGCAAUAAUAUGCCUUGA